UAGCCCUAGUCGACAACUAGGCUUAGCGAUCACUCGCCUAGUCUCCCGUGCGCCCAGCCUCGUUCCGCAACGCCAUGCCGGGAAUUGUGUGGCAGAAUCUCGACGCGGUGACCAUGUCGCGCCUCGGCGUCGACCUUAUACGCGAAGAAUUGGCCCGUCGACAGCUGGACCUCACAGGUUCGAAAGAGGAGCUCGUUCAGCGUUUGCAAGCCGACAUUCAGCAGCAGCGUGAAGCUACCCCCCCGGUUGAAACGAAUGAAUCCGCCUCGAACGCUGCGGCGUCUUUGACGCUGGACCCAGCCACUCUACAGAGCCUCGCCAUGCUGUUCCAGCAGCUACCUCGCCCUGCAACAACGGUGACGACACUGCCAGACCUGUCAUCGUCCAUCCCGGAAUUCGCUGGUUCGCAAAGCCACAGUGUCAAUACAUGGCUUGACAACGUACGACGAGUACAGCAGCUCGCCUCGUGGGACGACGCCACCACACGCCUGAUCGCAGCUAGUAAGCUGAAAGGCACGGCGCGAGACUGGCAUCUCGCGUUCGGCAACCAGUACAGCACCUGGGCCACGUGGAGUGCCGCCCUGAAGGACACAUUUUGUACAGAAUUGUCCCUUAUUGAGUGGCAAGAGCAGGUCAUGAGGGUAACCCAGGCCCCAUCCGAAAGCUUGCACCAAUAUGCCUUUGCCAAGUUGAAGAUCAUUGAGCGUUGCCCCGUUAACCUCUCUGAGGCCCAAAAGAUUGACUACCUGCUGCAUGGUUUACGGGAACAACACAUCCUCGCCGCCAUAGCAGCCAACCGGCCGCCCACGGUAGCUGAGUUUAUUUCUACUUGCACCAGCCUCGACAAGAGUGCGCAACAUCUGCACGCCAAAGCAAGCCCGUCACCAUUUGCCGGUUCUGUUUUGCCGCCGUCGCAUCCCUUUCGUGCCGCUAAGCCCGCAGAGCGCCAGCAGCCUCGCUCAGAACAAUCGACACCGCAGUCCUCCCGAGGAGCCACACCAAAAACGCGCAUUUCAGAGCUGCCCGCCGAGCAACAAGAAGCUACUUAUGCAGCUAUUUCGGCACACCAGCUCGCCCUCACCCAGCCUCCCCUUUUGGCGCACUUCGACCCCAUGGCAACCACAACGCUAACCACAGACGCUUCGCAGGAAGCCAUUGGAGCAGUGUUAUCGCAAAUCCAAGACACCAGAGAAUGUGUCAUUGCCUACGCCAGCCGUGGACUUACUUUGGAGGAACGCAAACUGCACAGCAACACCACUGCCUCGGACCAUGGCUCAGCCUUCGAAUCCAAUGAGUUCAAGCGCUUCAUGAGUCUUCAUUCCGUGGAGCUCCAUUUCACAACUGCCUAUCGACCUGAGGGCAAUGGCUUAGUCGAGAGAAGCAACGGAACUCUCCUGGCAGCUCUCCGCAAGAUCUGUGCAAUGGAACCACUGUCAUGGCCUACCAAACUUCAAGAGGCAGCAUUUGCAGUAAACACGUCCAUGAAUGCCAGCACGAACUUUACGCCAUUUCAGCUUCUCUAUGGCUACGUACCGAAGAUUCCACUCCAACAACAUCGUCCGUUGCAGCACUCCGCUCUGGCCGAGCGCAUCCUCGACACAACAGUGCAGCGUUCCGAAGCAGCCGCCAAUUCGGAAGCAGCCCAAGGUGCACGCAAAGAGCGCUACGACCGCAGCCACCGUUCUCACACCUUUACCGUCGGUGAUAUGGUCUGGAACGACUAG